GGCGGUAAUAUCAAAUCAGUGCUGGUGUUAAGCCGGUGUCUUCUGCGUUCUUAGACACUAUUGUGAUUUUCGAUAUUAUUAAUUAAUCGUGGACGUUGAUAGUGGACUGGCGGCUUUUUUUAUUUAAUUGGAUUUGAUACUUUACAUUAAUCGAGGUAUUUUUUUAUUCAGACAGGGACUGAGUCUUCACAAUGAGGCUCUCCCUGGUGUUCGAGCUUCUCCUCAUAUUUGUGCUCUUGGCUUUCGCCGCAUCUAAGAGUAUAAAAAAGCAGAAGAACAACAAUAAGAAUGUCCGCAUCGCAAGCGACGAGAAACAGGACGACGCAAGCAAUAACAUCAACAAGUACUGCAAAUGCUCGGAGUCUUACUGCAACUGCUGCAGAGACUUCCAGCUGCCGGUUGUUAAUUUAGAUGGGCCAGGUUGUGCAUCUUUAAUGUAUCUUAAUGGCAACAAAAUGGCGGUUUCACUGAGCUUCGGAAAGAAGGUCAUCACCAACCGGACUCUUUCUGGUACCAAGCCGACUCCAGUAUGUAUGCCACUGCCAGGGGGCAUUUCAAAAUUCUGCGGAAGAGUUUACAAUAUUGCCCGAGCUGGUGAAGAAUUCAGGGCCUGUUUAGGUCUGGAACUACAAUCAAAGAGUACCGUAGAAGCAGCUGUGAGGGUUUCCUGCUUUAAGUUCGGCCCUAGAGGGGUGACGUCAGAGGCGGCUGACCCGCUUCCGUUACUUCCUCAGGAUGAGAAGGCUGAUGAUGACGACGACGAUGAUGAUGAUGAUGAUGACGAUGAUGCGUUUGGACUUGUUGGAGACGAUGACGAUGACGACGACGAUGAUGAUGGUCUCGAGGCUGUUAAUGACGUAGAUGGUGCAGACUACACUGGCUUCAGCCUUCUAGGCGACGACUUAUUGGGCGAUCUGUUUGGAGGUUCGUCAGGAGGCAAAAAGACGAAAAAUAAGAAUAAGAUUAAGAAACAAGCCCCUACUUCAACGACCACUUCAACUACCACUCGGCGACCUCGACCGUCUCGAAGACCAACCAGAAGGCCAACGAGAACUGCCACACCCCGGCCUUCUGCCACAACGACCGUUCGGACGACUACUGUGAGGGUGCGACCUUCUAGCAGAAGGCCUACUCGCAAACCAGCGAGGCGUCCGCCCCGUCCAUCUAGACGGCCGCCUACUACGCCUGUAGAAGUUCUGCCGAUUACUGAACCAUCUUCAACUGUUUCGUCAACAGAAACGACACCUACCAUUAAAGUAACUACUGCAGGACUUCCAUCAACAGCAAAUAUUCCAUUAGUUAGCCCUGAGAAGGAACAAACAUUCGAACCCGUGGUAAUAGUGACACAAAAACCAUCAUUCCAGUCCACAUUACCUGAUCUAGCUUCUAAAGAUGACACCCAGUUUGGCGAUCCUGGUCUGGAAAUGUCGUUAGCUCAACUAACUGGACAGUUAUCUGUAAUGCCUGUAACUCCUAUAUUACCUACUAGUGCCAAGGUAUCGAGUAUGAUUACUACCAAUAGGGAACAAACAAAUUACGAAAAAAUCGAAACUAUCACACCUAAAACAUCGUCUACUGCUGCUUUUAAACCAUCUUCUGAGGCUGAUACUAUCAACGAUGAUUUAGUGCAAAUAGUUCACGACUUAGAUUCUCAUUCAGAAGAAAGUACUUCAGAGAAACCGGUUUCAUCAGCCGACGAAAGUCGAUCUCAAAAUGGCCAAGCAAUUCCAGAAAAUUUAUAUGAAAAUUUUAAAUUUGUUAAAAAAAACAAAGGGGGCGGUUUUAACUACAGGGACUUAGAUGUUAUCGGAUUAUCUGAUAUCGGUGAGACUGUUGGGAAGGAAAUUGGUCUAUUGGGUAAGCAAAACAGAGGGACCGAUUUUGACUACAAGGACUUAGAUGUUAUUGGAUUAUCAGAAAUUGGCGAGACCGUCGGAAAGGAAAUUGGUUUAUUUGGAAAAAAUAAAAAACAAAACCGCGAUAAUAAGGAAAAAGAAAAUCAGAAAGUAAAAGAUGGCAAAAAAGGUAACAAAGAUUACGAUGAUAUUUUUGGAUUAGAUGAAUUGAGUCAUACAUUAGGCUUUUCUGGAAACGAUAACCAAAAAAAGAAAAAGCCAAGAGGAAGACAAAACAAAAUGAUGCGAGGUAAUUGGGAUCUAGUAUGACGUUAAAGAUAACAAUUAGCUCUAAGUAGGAACCUAAUCUUUAAGGUUAUUUAUUUCUAUUAAAUUAUUGAUUCGCUGUAAAUAGCAUUAUAACAUGUAAGUAAUUAUUUAUGUUGACUGAUUUGAAAAUAAAGAACAUGUUGUGUAAUAA